AUGUCGUUACCUUUUUUCAUUGGUAAGAUCAUCGAUACAGCCCAGCCCGAUACAACGACACAAGACUUCGACAAGUAUUUUAACGAAAAGUAUCUGCUCGAAGAGAUCGACGUUGGAGACGUCAAUAAGGAAUUGAUCUUGGGCUUAGAACCAAUGGUCUUCUACACGGCAUUGGGUGGCUUCUUUGUGGUUGGUGCUGUAGCCAACUUUGGGAGAACAUAUUUGUUACGAUUGACUAGUGAAAAGAUUGUUGCAAGAUUACGGUCCAAGGUCUUUGGCAAGAUCAUGUCUCAGGAUAUGGCAUUCUUCGACGUUGGACCACACGGCACGGGGAUGAAGACCGGUGAUUUGAUUAGUCGAAUCAGUAACGAUACACAGAUUAUCAGCAGAGCCUUACUGAACAAUAUUAGUGAUGGAUUAAGAUCAAUAAUCAGUGGUGGUGUUGGUCUUGUGAUGAUGGGAAUAGUGUCCACCAAAUUGAGUAUGUAUAUGGCCAUGUUGUUCCCUCCCAUUGUUGUUAUGUCUUUGGUGUAUGGACGUAGGGUCAAGAAGUUGUCACGUCAAAUCCAAGACAACUUGGGUGCCAUGUCCAAAGUCACAGAAGAAAAGAUCAACGGGGUUAAGACCAUCCAAAGCUUUGCUCAACAAAUGAGCCAAAUAAAGGAGUACAACACUGAAGUGAAGAACAUUUUGAACACCUCCUUAAGAGAGGGUAGACUUGCUGGUCUUUAUUAUGCUGGAAAUGGGUUGUUGGGCAAUGUCACAUUGAUUUCUUUAUUGGUUGUGGGGACUCAAAUGAUUCAAAACGGUGAAUUGACCGUGGGGGAUUUAUCAAGUUUCAUGAUGUAUGCUGUUUAUACUGGUACGUCUGUAUUUGGGAUCAGCAACGUUUAUACUGAAGUAAUGAAAGGGUUAGGGGCUUCGGAAAGAAUCUUUGAAGUUUUGGAUCUGCAUCCUCACAUAACUACAAGCAAGGGUAAAAGAGUCGAUCAAGUUUAUGGUGAUAUUGAAUUUAAUAAAGUCCAAUUUGCAUAUCCUUCCCGGACUCAAAAUCCUGUUCUUAACAAUUUCUCGUUGAAGAUUCAUAAAGACGAAAACAUAUGUUUUGUUGGACCAAGUGGAAGUGGGAAGUCAACCAUUUCGCAAUUGCUUGUUCGGUUCUACGACCCCAAAAGUGGUUGUAUUACCUUGCAAGGUGAAGAUAUCAAAGACUUGAAUGUUAACAGAUUCAGAAAACUGAUUGGCUAUGUACAACAAGAACCAUUACUAUUCAGUGGAACAAUUAAAGAAAAUAUUGUUUUCGGUAAGAAAGAUGCAACUGAACAAGAUGUUAAAAGAGCUAUUGAACUUUCAAAUGCCCUGUUUAUCUAUGAAUUACCUUCGGGUUUAGAUACACAGAUUGGGUCUGGUCAUAGUACGCAAUUGAGUGGUGGACAGAAACAACGUAUUAGUCUUGCCCGUACACUCAUAAAUCGUCCAAAGACUUUGAUUCUUGAUGAAGCUACAAGUGCAUUGGAUUCCAUUAGUGAAGAAAUAGUCAUGAGACGACUUCUGGAAUUGAAUGAAAACGAAGGAGUCACCCUUAUAUCAAUUGCUCAUCGGUUAUCAACCAUUAGAAAUAGCAAACGUGUGGUUGUACUUAAUCGGUAUGGUGAAAUUGUGGAGGAUGGUAUUUUCGCACAACUAUACGCGGACCCAUCGAGUGAACUCAACAAGUUAUUGCAACACGAUGAAACUGAAUAA